AUACCAGUGUCAUUUCUCAAUGAGGAUUACGACACCCGGAUCGAUUUUGGGAAGAGCUCUUCAAUUUGUCAUGUCCUCCAAACUCCCACAUUUCGCGGAGGGGGAAGUAGUUAAGGGAUUUGGCAGGGGCAGCAAGGAGCUGGGAAUCCCCACGGCAAACUACCCGGAGAAUGUUGUGGAGAAUCUGCCCCCUGAGAUGCCCCUGGGUGUGUACUACGGCUGGGGAAAUGUCGACGAUGGUGAAGUCUACAAAAUGGUUCUGUCGGUGGGGUGGAAUCUUUACUACAAAAACACUAAAAAGUCAAUGGAGACCUAUUUGAUGCACACCUUUAAUGAGGAUUUCUAUGGGUCAAAGUUGAAGGUGAUAAUGCUGGGUCAUAUACGACCGAUGAAGGACUUCUCGUCACUAGACGAGUUAAUACAAGCCAUAGAAAAUGACAUAUACGUCGCCAAGGAGAGGUUGGAUCAACCAGAAAAUUUAGUGUACAAAACAAACAAUUUCUUUUCUCCGUCUGGUGGCAAGGAAAAUGUGGAAACGGGAGCCAGACAAAAUAGCGAAGAACCAGUUAAAGAUGGACCCAGUCAACAUUGACACAGGAGAUAGUUUAGGGGACCACGA